UGAUUUCCAAACAGGCCGCAAAAGUUUUCCGUCCACAAGGAUCUUUGGAGUCUUUUGACUCACCAACCCACCGGCGGCGGCGUUCGUCAACGUCGAGUUCUUCCGAUCAUCCAAAGCCACCGCCCAAUUCAUCCUUCACGGCAAACCUGCGUACACCUCCGACGACCGUACAGUGCGUUUUCAGCCCUAAUCUCCUUCUACUGCAUCUCCAUUUAGCAGCCCUCCUGCUCGGAAAUGGUGUUUCUUCAAUCACUCCGUUCGGUCCGAAGCAAAAAUCACUGUUAGUUGCGAGAUACGGCGCGGAAGAGGAGGAGCAUGGAGGAUCUCUAUGUCUGGCUUGUGUCAUUCUUGUUCCUCAUUGCUCUUCUGAUAGUCGUUGUUUUUCAGCUGAUGUGCUUGGCGGAUCUUGAGUUUGAUUAUAUCAACCCUUAUGACUCUGCUUCUCGAAUAAACCAAGUGAUUAUGCCGGAGUUCUUUGCUGUAGGAAUUUUGUGCCUCUUCUAUCUUUUAACAGGGCAUUGGGCUAUGUCACUGUUUUGUGGGCCCUACAUAUAUUAUAAUGUGAGAUUGUACCUACGAAGACAGCAUCUGAUAGAUGUUACAGAGAUAUUCAAUAUGCUAAAUUGGGAAAAGAAGCAACGGWUUUUCAAACUAGUCUAUCUAGUUUUCCUCCUCUUCCUCUCUAUAUUUUGGAUGAUAUAUAGUGCAUUGGAAGAAGAUGAAUGAUCAACAGCUUAUGGCAUGUGCAAUUGUGAGUUGAAUUUCUGUCCUUGAGUACAUUUUUCUGAAGCAAACUUCUAUUAGAGUCUUGAUGGGCUAGGAAUUCAAUUCCACUUGAAUUAGGUUCUUCAAUACUGGUCUGUUUAAGUACUUUUCAAAAUCAUUUUUAGGCCAUGGCAUUUCCUUUGUAACUUUCGAGGUCAAUUUAUAAUGAUACUAUGGAAGAGUUCGAGGUUCCAAGGGAUUAUCUCGAAGAUUUAUUUCGGAACACUUCAUACUUCACUUUUUUCUGGUGUGGCAGACAUGCCUAUAUUUCUUGGUUUCAAUAGUAUUACUUACCAGCAUUGUUUCUAUCUA